ACUCUAUUUGCCGUCUGCUAUAUUGAAUCUAGCUGGUAUCAAAUUUCAAUUUUUAAGAAGAUUUGAGUGACUCAAUUAUUUUUCAUGUUAACUUAAAAUCAUCUAUUACGUUUGUGAAAUGAAUCAGAAUCUACUAAAUGAUACAUGUAUUAACGACCAAAACUUAAAAGUAUCAGCAAUAAGUAAUAUUAGUCCAGAAGAAGUCGCCGUUCACGUGGAUAAUUGUUUUGAUGAAUUAUUUUUCGAAAACUCUUUUGAUGACUGCCCUGUUUACACUUCCAAAAUUUCUAAUGAAAAUACUCCUCAAGCUACAACAACCUACGUUGCAAAAAUUGAUCCUAAUAAUGCCAAUAAAGGAUACAUUCAUCACACAAUCAGCAAUGAUGAAAUUCAUAUGCGAAUUGAGGUCGGUGAGGAUGGAGAUUUGCUUGAGCUCCCGUCCCAUGCCACCAUCACAAUAGAAAGCACAGACCCAGCCACUCAGCUUACCCAAGUCAAACGUUAUAAAUGUGACUAUGAUGGCUGUCCAAGAACCUACAGUACAGUCGGAAAUUUGAGAACACACAUGAAAACACACAAAGUUGUGUCCAGGCGAACUCAGAAAUGUGGCUGAUUGUGUGUUUUACCACCAGGAGAGCUUUCGCCAAUCUAACAUGGCGAGUACCGAUUCCAGUGUAUGGAGCCAGCAUGUGGGAAGGCGUUCCUCACCUCGUACAGCCUCAAGAUCCACGUGAGAGUCCACACCAAAGUGAAACCGUUCAACUGCGAUCAUGAUGGCUGUGAAAAGUCUUUCAAUACUCUGUACAGAUUGAGAGCUCACCAGCGUCUUCAUAACGGCGACACAUUCAACUGUGUGGAGAGUGGUUGCAACAAAUACUUCACAACUCUCAGCGAUCUCAAAAAACAUGUUAGGACGCAUACGCAAGAGAGACCAUACCGGUGUAAAGAGUCGGGAUGUGGCAAGGCAUUCACCGCCAGUCAUCACCUGAAAACACACCGCCGCACCCAUUCAGGUCAACGACCUUGCUGCCCUCAAAAUGGCUGCCGCAGAACGUUCACCACCAAAGAGAUGAUGGACAAUCACCUACUCACGCAUCACUCAUCCAUGGAAGAUGAUGCUUUCUAUGACGAUAAUUCGGACAUAGAUGAUGUUUCAGAAAACGAGGAAACAAUGUCUAAAUACAAGAGUACAUCAGAAUCUGGCAAUCCUUUACAACAGAAUGGUGAGUCAAACUUCAUCAAUGAGGAUUACAUUAUUUCUCAAGAAGUCGAAGGAUCUGGCGAUUCGUCAAUGGACUUGGAACAAGCCUCUCAAAAAUCUGAAGCGAAUGAAGAAGAACUCUCGUCCCCGGACAAUUUCCUCUCAUCGAUAUCCUCAAAACUUUCAAAUCAAAAUAUCACCACAAAACAAGAAGAACUUGAACCUGUCUAUAUUUCGACAUCAAAAGAGAUGAGUCAGCCGAACAUGGGUGCCCCUAUUAUAGCAAUGGUAACAGAAGAAGGCGAGGAAAACUUUUCUGGAAUUACUUCAUUUUGUUUCAUGAAUUCAUCGCCGGUUGAAUAUAUUUUGCCCAACAGUGAAGAAUCUCAAGAUGGAAAGGACUCUUUGAGUUCGCCACAAUCUACUACCACAACGCAAAUAAAACAAGAUAUCUCUCUGGAUCAGAUGAAUUAUGAGGAAACGAACCCGGCUACAAAUUCCCAAAACUCUUUCAAUUAUAAGAUAAGUAUUGGAGAUUGUAAUGAAGUGGACAGCACCACAACUGUUGAUAGUUUCAGUUCUGUUCUGCCUUCUGCACUUUGCAACAAUGUCACAGACACUGAAGCAAAUAGUGUUGAGAGAAAAGACAUCAAUGAUUUGAUCCACAGAGUACUUUUUGAAGAAAAUGAUAAUGUGGUUUCAGAAAAUAAGUCGUCUACUGACAAAAAAGAUGAACAAUUUUCUGUUGAAAAAGGUUGUAAAGCUAUGGAAGCUAUGGAAACAGCAAAUAGCUUCUGCAGUUCGAACCAAAACUAUUCCUAUGCCAGUCUUGGAAAAAUUGAUUAUGCGUUUGAAUCUGUUGAACAAUUCGAUACUGAUGAAAUCCUGAUGGAUCUAUCUCGACCUUGUGAUGUCGAUUGGUCGGAAGGAAAUGGUCUUGAGUGUGUUGUAAGUCCUCAACUCGAAAUUUUGGAUCUCCAAUGGAAUGAGUUGCAGACUGGGAACAUCGAUUUGAACGAUAUUUGUCAAGAAAACGUCUUUCAAGAGUCUUCAAUUGGUGAUGGAAAGGUGGAUUUUGGGAGCAACCUAUUUUCGUCAACCGAAUUUCAAAAAACUGGGAUAGGAGAUACAUUUUUAGAUGGUAAGAGACUAGAGGAAGAUUUGGAGAAGCAUCAGACAUCAUUAGGUUUUAAUCCAUGUCAAACUCAGCAUGCUUCUGAUGAUAUAUUGAUUCCAAAUUGCUCAACAGACAAUCGAUCAGGGGAUGCUCAUGUCUUUAACAAUGUAUUAAAAGGAUCUAAUCAUCAAAGUUUCGAUUCAGCUCAUCCAAGUAUUAAUGGUAGGUCGUUGAUUCCAACUUGUUUGACAAACCAACUAGAUGCACAUGCUUUGAGUACUGAGAAACAAACAUCAUUCAAAGAACUUGAGCAUUUUAUCUCUUUUCAAACAACCAGUGACUCAAACAUAUUGCUUUCAUCAUGCUUGACUAACCAGAUUGAAGAGACUAAUCAGUUGAAUUUGGAAGAAUCGGCUUCAUUGAAGAAGCUCGAGGAUUUUAUAUCUUCCCAUGCAAAAGAUGAUAAUAGUAUUUUAGUUUCAAAUUGCUUUACAAAUCAGUCCAAUAAGACAGAUAGGAGUACAAAUGAUUAUGAGAGGUCUGCAAUGGAUGUCAUUUCUGUAAGGGGUGAUAUGUUGAAUGAUUUCAGCACAGCAAUGAAUUUAACUGAAGAAACUCAACAAGAUGAUGAAUCUCCAGAUCUUGCAAGUCUGCUGUUGAAAUCUGGAAAUGUUUUCAAUGAUGAAACGCUACUGAAUACAUUCAACGGUUUUUCGAAAUCGAAUGAAUGUAGUGAUUUCGCCAUGGAACGUUUAGAGGAUAACAAGUUUUUGCAAAGACCAGAGUCUAACAAUAACAUCGUAGACCUGACUUCUGGUGACAGUUGCAAAUGUAGUGAGACACCCGGUGUGGUUAAGGAGCCAUGUUGUGUCACUGUCUGCCUGAGAACCCUGCAACAGCUCAAGAAAGUUCUGGAAAAAGGCUGCUACAAACUUGGAACAGGUCCUCUCACAUCAUUAGCUUUGCUUCCUGCUGCUAACUAUUGCUCUGCCACCAAAUUAUGAAAAUUCAUCAAUUUAGUAUUGGAUUCAAAAUCGCUUUCAAGAAAUUAUUUGUUGGUAAUAAAUAUGUUUGUUGUAAA